AUGAAAAGGAUGUAAAGCAAAGAAGACAUAAUUAAGGAUUAAUACAUGAAAACUCUAACUUGCUUCUUACAAGAUAGCACUCUUUACGAUUGCUUAUCUAUUAAUAAUUAAGUGACUGUGAUUGAUUAGUCAUUCUCUCUCUAUGAUGUUUUUAAUGUGUUUAUCGAUACACAUAUUGAUGAAGUAUUGUUUUGGAAUCCAGAUGUAGCUUAUUAUGAUGGAGUAUUUACUUAAACUGAUUUGAUUCGAAUAAUCCUUAAAUGCUAUCAAAAUAUUCUAAAUGGUGUUCCCAAUGUGUGGGGAAAUAGCAAAAUAUAGGUUUAGCCAAUUAUGGAAGAAGAGGAUGAAGAUCGUGCUACUCCUGUGCAUAAAAAUUAAUUAAUAGGAUAGGAGCAGAUAAACAAAUUGCUGAUUGAUUUGCAAACAAUUUCAGUAAGAGACUGGUUCAAUUCUUACGGAGAAAGCCUUCAUCAAAGUAGUUUGGUUUAGGCAGAUAUGGCUGAUAAUCUUAAUGAUGCGAUGAAGAAGAUUUUAAAGUAGGGUGUAACAAGAAUUGUAGUUAUUGAUACUGAAUCUAGAAUUAUUGUGGGCAUUCUAUAAUAAAAGGAUAUUUUAGCAUUUCUAGUAAAAGGAUUUAGUUAAUAUUUCCAUUUAUAAUUAUCAUAAAAAUCACAUCGAAUUGAAGUUCAUCAUGAAAACAAUCCUCAAUCAGAAUAGCAUGAACUAGAAAUCAACUACUUUAGUGAUAGGAUUUUACAAUUAAAUGAUAAACUUCCUUUCGACACUAAUGUUUAUGAUGUUUUCUAUAAAUUGAUUUAUGUAUUUAAGCGAAAUGCUAUUCCUAUUGUUGAUAACAACAACAAGUACUUAGGAUUGAUAGACCGAAGAGACUUUUUAUUUAUUCUCAAAUACUAAGUAUUCGAUAUGUUGAAUAGACCUGCAUUAGAUUUGUUAAACUUUAUUAAAAUUGAGAAAAAAAAAUUUGCCGGGUUUUGUAUUUGCAAUAAAGAACUGUUCCAAAUGAAAUAAACAUUAAAAGAAGUAUUAGCUAACUCUAAUUAGGUUGUUGAAAAUCUACUGCUCUCUUCUAGGGGUAGUUUAGUUUGCUUGAAUGAAAAUUAAGAGCCAAUCGCUACGUUAUAAAUGUCUGAUCUCUUUAAAAUUUGUUUAGAUGAUGUUGAAUUAGAAUGA